UUUUCGAAACAUAAAAUUGAAAUCGGAAAUUUCCGCUCUCGACCAAUACCACUCGCCGUGUCCCCGAUUUAGACGAGACUCGGGUCGUUUUCUUUCCAGAAAUUCGGGCUCUAGGAAUUCCCUCCCCAACGCUCUUCUCCGACGCAACCUCGCCGAUUUCUCCCCCUCCUCUCCUUCGUAUUCGCAAAGUGCCUGCCCCCACCCUCCGCCGCUCCCACCGCGGGGCGACUUCCAUGCAACGUAUACCGAUCUCACGGAACCCACCGCAGGGAAGUUGACGUGAAAAGAGAACGAAGGAUCAGUGCGACAUCCGCGCUCGUCCGGGAGACCGAGCCCUCUUGCCAUUCAUUUGUCGCGCGCCCGCGAGACCUGCCGCAGACGACCAUCCGCGCACAAGUAAACGCACGCGGUACCAAUCUCCCUCGACCAAUCGCGCGAAUUCACAUACACGUGUGUGCUGUACUCACACACGGGAAUACGCAGAGCGGCGCUGACCUCCCCCUAUUGGCAGUGGGGCUCGAAUUUCGAAACGAAUUUGCGUUUCUACUUUCUUCAUCUCGACGCCGCAUCGGACGGAGGAAAAAAAGAGAAAGAGCGGAAGGAAUCGUAUAUACAUAAGUAUAUACAGCUAUAUACGCAUAUUUAUGUACGUCUGUUUGCAUACUCGAGGCUAGACACUUCUGAGCCGAGCGAGCGGAACGCGCCCGAUACAAAUUCGAAAAUGUCACACAGUACGAGGAGUCUCGGAGUACCGGUGCACGGCGGCAGAUUUCAGAGAACGCCAAUGCGCCCGAUGAUAGCGGAAUACGAGCCGAAGAAGCAGGGUGUGAAAACAGAGCUCUCAGACGUGGUGCUUGUCAAAUACAAGUGCGAGAAAAAUGACGUGCCCAUUACGGUCACGAACGGCUCGACCUUGCCGCUCGUGGAGCGACCGACCGACGAGGAGGCAGCCCUUUACGACCCGUUCGAGCACCGCAAGCUCGCCCAUCCCACCUCGGACCUCGACACGCUCAUACAUUUGCUCAAGGGGAGCCUGGGCACGGGCAUACUCGCUAUGCCGAUGGCCUUCCGCAACGCCGGCCUCGCCUUCGGUCUCUUCGCCACCUUCUUCAUCGGCGCGGUCUGCACCUAUUGCGUUCACAUCUUGGUCAAGUCCGCCCAUCUAUUGUGCAGGCGGUUGCAGACACCCAGUCUGGGCUUCGCCGACGUGGCCGAGGCAGCCUUCCUGGUGGGGCCCGAACCCGUUCAGAAAUACGCUAGACUUGCCAAGGCGACGAUCAAUUCGUUCUUGGUGAUCGAUCUGGUUGGAUGCUGCUGCGUGUAUAUCGUCUUUAUCUCGACCAAUCUGAAGGAGGUCGUGGAUUAUUACACAGAAACGGAUAAAGAUCUACGAGUGUACAUGGCCGCGUUGCUACCGCUGCUCGCUAUCUUCUCUCUCGUGAGGAAUCUCAAGUAUCUCGCACCGUUCUCCAUGGUGGCGAACGUGUUGAUCGCCACCGGCAUGGGCAUCACCUUCUACUACAUCUUCCAGGACCUGCCCACGAUCAGCGACGUGCCGAAUUUCUCCAGCUGGUCCCAGCUGCCUCUUUUCUUCGGCACUGCUAUCUUCGCCCUCGAGGGAAUCGGCGUUGUAAUGCCACUGGAGAACAAUAUGAAAACACCGUCGCACUUCGUCGGUUGCCCGGGUGUCCUCAACACCGGCAUGUUCUGCGUCGUGUUACUGUACAGCACCGUGGGCUUCUUCGGCUACUGGAAGUACGGCGAAACCACGAAGGCUUCCAUCACGCUCAAUCCCCCGCAGGACCAGGUGCUGGCCCAGUCCGCCAAGGUGAUGAUCGCCAUCGCGAUCUUCCUUACUUACGGACUUCAGUUCUACGUGCCUAUGGAGAUCAUCUGGAAGAACGCCAAGCAGUACUUCGGCUCCCGCCGACUUCUCGGCGAGUACUCCCUUCGUAUCCUAUUGGUGAUCUUCACCGUCUGCGUGGCGAUCGCGAUCCCCAAUUUGGGCCCGUUUAUCUCCCUCGUCGGGGCCGUGUGCCUGUCGACAUUGGGUCUUAUGUUCCCGUCGGUGAUCGAGUUAGUCACCGUCUGGGAGCAAGAGAACGGCCUCGGCAAGUGGAACUGGCGGCUGUGGAAGAAUAUCGCCAUCAUCUCCUUCGGCGUGUUGGGCUUCAUCACCGGCACGUACGUCAGUAUCCAAGAGAUCCUGGAAGGGAAAUGAGGCGUCGAGUCCGGCGCGAGGAGCGGCCCGUGGAGGCCGCUCGCGAAUACCGCUCGUCGUCCGACAGCCGUCGGGCGGCGAGUACCACGUAUGACAGCGUGCUAGAUGACGCGAUGCUGUCAGCAGACAGGCCACCGGGUCCGGGACAGGCGUUACUUCCGAAUCCCUAUCCCUGCGUCCUUCCUGUCGCUAGCAUGACAUCUGUGACAAUAAUGACGACGACAACGAAUGAUGAUAAUGACGAAGAUGUCCGCGGAUCUUCACAUCAUUGAACCUUCAUGUAUCAUUUUCUUAACGAUAGUCAAAUUAGUAUUACGCACAUCGUGCUCGGUUGACGGAGCGCAAGGUGUACGGUCGAUCGCGGGAAUUCGAGAGAUAACUUCAUAUUGCGGUCUCUCGAUAACUUAUCGUUACUUAUCGCGCGAGGAGGCACGCAGGAUCGGCAUUACACAUGGCAAGCUCGACCGUUGUAUUGGAAUGGCGUAAAAAUUACGUCAAAUCAAAUGAGGUCCAACAAAACAAAAUUGUAUAUUUUGAAACAGAAGUAAUUUCGUUAAUUGAAAAAGUGAUCUUGUUUCAAUAUACUUUUCUAAAAUCUAAAAAUAUGUUAUUCAAGACCUUGCUUUAAAAGCAAAUUGCAAAAUUUUAUUUAACACAGACCUUAUAGAAGAAAGUUGAUGAAUCUUUCACGCUAAUUUAAUACUUUUGUGAUCUUUUGAGGAACAGGAUUUUGAACUGUCUUUGACAGAUGUUUACAUUUUAUUUUAUAAUUGUACACCCGCGCGUAGCAGAGCAUUAAGACAAGGUAUUAAUCGCGUUACUGACUUCUAGGAAUACCAAUUACUGAAUAUUAACGACGAACCGAUGACGUUCGCUCCGUUUUUCCCGAUCAUUCUAUUUAAACGCCGCAUCGGCCGUACACGCGUAGCUUUCUGUUGACUUUACAACUGCGGGACGGUUUUUUUAGAAUAGCGUACGCGAUUUCCUGUGGUCGUACGCACAUCCUAUAUACCCUCUAUAUGUAUAUUGUGUAUAUAAAAUACACAAACCAUCGUGUUUUGUGAAUGACAAGUGGGAACCAUACACCUCAAUUAUUACGUGCUUAUUCGCUCGAUCGUAUUAUCACCGUAAGACAGUGGUCUCAAUUUGGUCACGUGGGCCAUAACGCGGACACGAGGUCUUCACCUGGACGUCGACGAAGAAGUUGCGUUCGUGCACAGAAAGAACUUUUGUGUAUUACGAACGCAUUAGUAUGCUCCUCACAUACAUAUGUAUGUAUAUAAUUGAAUCAGCGCAAAAUCGUCUACCUGUUCUUCGAAACUUUACAAAGGAUUUGAUCGUCCAUCUUA